GCUACAGAGGUGAAGGUAGUAUUCCCUGGGUCCUCCACAUCAGCCAUCGUUACUGGCCUGACUCCAGACACCAGCUACCAGUUCCAGGUGUUUGCUACGGUCAGUGUGGCUGGACAGCCAGUGGAGGGAGAGAGAAGUCUUCCCCUGCUGCAGACACUGAGUGUGGCUGGGAGGGAGCAAGAAUGUGAGUCUCAAGAUUCAUCGGCUGUGGCUUACGGUGCUGCAUUUGGAGUCAGUGGUGUCAUAGUUGGUCUCCUUGGAGGUGCCCUCUCUGCAGCUUUCAUCACUUAUAGGAUCAUCAGAACUUUCUCUGAAGGUAGAAGAUACGAAAAAGUUGCAGUGAACAGCAAAAGAACAGGAGUGGGUUCCACAUGUUCCAGGAACUCCAGUCGUCCAGGCAAGGAGAGGACACUGCAUUUUAGAGACUUGGAGAGCGGCAGAGCCAAAGAUGAACAAGGUCAGGGGCAAUCUGCAAGAAACAGUUCCAAGGGAAAUCUAAUAGACAAUCCAGUCUAUGCUGAUCCAUCAAGUAAUGAAGAUCUACUAGAUAACCUAGCCUAUGGUGACCCUUCAAAAGGGGAUGAUAGCGCGGCCUAUGGUGACCCAGGAGGAAAUGAAGAUCUGCUAUAUAAUACGGCCUAUGGUGACUGUGGAAGAAAUGAUGAUAACCCAGCCUAUGAAGAUCUCCUAGAUACCCCCGCGGCCUAUGGUGACCCAGGAGGAAAUGAAGAUCUACUAGAUAACCCAGCCUAUGGUGACCGUGGAAGAAAUGAUGAUAACCCAGCCUAUGAAGAUCUCCUAGAUACCCCCGCGGCCUAUGGUGACCCAGGAGGAAAUGAAGAUCUACUAGAUAACCCAGCCUAUGGUGACCGUGGAAGAAAUGAUGAUACCCCGGCCUAUGGUGACCCAGAAGGAAAUGUCUACAUUGAAGAGCUAAUAACUAACCCAGCCUAUGGUGUAACAAGUUCUGAGGGC